AUGGACCCCAAUGAAGCACCUGCUCUCCACCACUGCUCUGCUGACUCUUCCCCAGGGAGUGAGGACAGAGUCCCCCAGAGCACAGAGCUCAUUCCCAGGAGACCUGUCAGUCGCUCUCCAACCUGUGCCCGCUGUCGAAACCAUGGUGUCACAGCCCAUCUCAAGGGCCACAAGCGCCUCUGCCUCUUUCAGGCUUGCGAGUGUCACAAAUGUGUCCUUAUCCUGGAACGUCGGAGAGUCAUGGCUGCCCAAGUGGCCUUGCGUAGGCAGCAGGAGGCUCAGCUGAAGAGGCACCUGGCUCAGGGCCUGAUGAAAGGGGCAACCCCCCUGAAAGCUCCCCUCCGUGUCAAGAAGGGAGCCAUUCGACCAGGGGUCCCUUCUGGAAAGGAGAACAUAGCGCCCCAGCCUCAGAGUCCCCAUGGAGCAGUCCCCCUGGUGCUGACACCCCCUGGGAAGGAGAACUAUGGGCCUCUGCUGCUCAGCCGCCCCCAGGAGGCCUUGCCUUUGCCCUGGACUCCGGUGCCUGCUGGGCCCUGGGGCCCUGGACACUGGCUGCCCCCAGGCCUCUCAGUGCCACCUCCAGUAGUGUGCCGCUUGCUGUGCCAGGAGCCUGCCGUCCCUCUGCAUCCCUUUCCUGGCUUUGACCCUGGCACAUCUCUCCGACUGCCCACUCAUGGAACCCUCCCAACCUGCCCAGGAUCUCGCUCAGUGCUGGCAGCUCCACUUUCUGGAGAGCCCCAAGGACCCCCUAACCUGCCUCACACAUGUUCAGCUCUGAUACUCCAGUCCUGCGGGGCCCCAGACUCUCUUCUGCUGCAGCCACAGGCCCCUGGAACCUCUUGCCUGGCCUGGACAUCUGGCCCCUCAGAGCGGCAGUUACAGCGAGAGGCAGCUGAGGCCCUUGUAGGUCUGAAAGAUUCAUCCCAGGCUCCCCGCCUGACCCCAUCUGUCCCCCCAAACCCUGCCUGGAUCUCUCUGCUCCACCCCUGUGGCCCACCAGUUCCUCCUGGGGGAAGAGGAUUCCAGCCUGUCGGCCCACCUCUCCGGCCCAGUCCAGCUUCCUCUGUCUCUCUGCACAUUGGGCGUCUGGGAUCCAUCUCCCUCCUCAGCUAG